CUCUUCAAUGAGUCACUGAUACAAGUAGUGUUUAGUAAUGAAGAAAUAAAUGAAAAGCCAAGUGAGAAGGUUUUCAUUCCAGUGCAGAUCACGAACCGAAUCUUCUUCCUUGAUUUAGCCAAGAAAAACCAGACAAUUAUCCCAUGGCAAAUUUUUGAACUGGAAGACAUAGAGGAAUUGCAUCUGGAGCAAAAUAUAAUUAAGAGUAUUCCAGGAAGUAUCAGCCGGCUUCGGAACAUGAAAGUUCUUUAUCUGAAUAAGAACAACAUCAGAGAGUUAUGUGAGGAACUUGGAGAUCUGAAAUCCCUUGAGAGCUUGGAUUUAAGCAGUAACCCACUCUCGACAAAAUCUCUGGAUAUCCUUAGUCAGUUGAGAGCUCUUCGCUGGCUCCGGUUAUAUAAUGUGUACCUGAAUGAGUUCCCAGUUGAAAUCUGCAAACACCUUCAUCAUUUGGAGCUGCUUGGACUUUCUGGUAAUAACCUAAAUUGUCUUCCCAAGGAAAUAAUCAAUUUGACCAAACUUAAGGAGAUUUAUUUAAAAAACAACAGGUUUGAAGAUUUCCCGUCAGAACUUUGUCAUCUUUACAAUCUGGAAAUUAUAGAUCUGGAAAACAACAGUUUGAGCGCCAUUCCAGACGAAAUUGUCUCUCUGGAAAAUUUAGCCCAGUUCUUUCUCGCUUUCAACAGUCUGACUGUUGUGCCUGAUGCCCUGAGCCAAUGCUUGAAAAUGUUGGUGCUCGAUGUGUCCCACAACCGUCUGUACAAACUCCCUCGAAGUCUGAAACUGCUGACUGAAAUGAAAGAGUUUGGGCUGUCUGGGAACCAACUGGCUGCAUUUCCACGCCAGAUCCGCCGCUGGAAGUCGCUUGUCGUGGUCUACUUGAAAAACUGUGCCCUACAGACGGUGCACCCUUCGUUUGCCAAGCUAACGGCUAUGAAGAUCCUCGACUUAAGUCAAAAUCUGCUGGAGGAAUUCCCGAGAGAGAUUUGUGCAAUGGAAAACUUGGAGGUGUUGUCAAUUGAUGACAACAUGAUCUGUGAGAUACCUCAAACAGUAGCCAGGCUCUCUCAGCUGAAGUGCCUCAGUCUGACCGGCAACAAAUUUUUCUCAUUCCCUGAGGAAAUCUUUCUGCUCCAGUCGCUAGAGAAACUGUAUUUGGGGCAAGACCUUGGGACUAAAUUUACAUCAUUACCUGCCGAAAUCUGCAAGUUACAGAACCUGAAAGAGCUGUACCUUGAGAACAACGAAUUGCAGUAUCUUCCAUCAACCAUAGGCUUGCUGAGUAACUUGGAAAUACUGAACUGUCGCGAGAACUUUCUUAUUGAGUUGCCUGACUCCAUAUGCCAAAUACAAGGUUUGCAGAAAAUACUGGUGGAGAGUAAUCAACUGUUUCAACUCCCGGAGAAAUUGGACAGUCUAGUGAAACUGCAGGUUAUUACGCUGUAUGGAAACCCCAUGAUGGAGCCACCAGUAGAAGUGUUCAGUCAGGGGAUACAGGCGAUAUAUAAGUACUUGAAGGAGCAAAGGAAAUGCAAAGCCAUGGCUAUCAAGGUCCAGUCUUGGUGGCGGGGCACGAUGGUGCGCAGAGGGAUUGGCGUUUUUGCCGAGCUCUUGAGACUGAUGAAGAAAGUCAAAAAAGAAAAGAAAGAGAAGAAAGGCAAGGAAAAGGGGAAAGGGAAAGACAAAGGAAAGGGGAAAGAAAAGGGGAAAGAAAAGGGGAAAAAGAAAUAAUGCAUCCGUCUGGAGCCUCAAACGAUGUUCAGAAUUGCGUGCGAGGAAAAGAGCUAAGGGAAUAAAUGCACAAAAGUGGAAAACAAAAAGCA